CGUGUAAGUAGUCAAAGCAUCCUUCCGUCAUGGCGUCUGUGGUGGCUAAAGCCUCUGCGAAACCAUUAAUAUUGUCUACAUUCCUGCUCCUUUUGAUAUGUUUGCCGUCCGGUGGAGGACAGAAGAAGAAGGAGAACCUUUUGUCAGAGAAGGUUGACCAGAUGAUGGAAUGGUCAUCCCGACGCUCUGUUGUCCGCAUGAAUGGGGAUAAAUUCCGUCGCUUCGUCAAGGCUCCACCCAGGAACUACUCUGUCAUUGUCAUGUUUACAGCCCUGCAACCCCAAAGACAGUGUUCUGUUUGCAGACAGGCAAACGAAGAGUACCAGGUGCUGGCCAACUCUUGGCGCUACUCAUCUGCUUUUUCAAACAAGCUUUUCUUCACUGUUGUUGACUACGAUGAAGGUGCUGAUGUUUUCCAACAGUUGAAUAUGAACAGCGCUCCAACCUUCAUGCAUUUUCCAGCCAAAGGAAAGCCAAAGAGAGCUGAUACAUUUGACCUCCAACGGAUUGGUUUUGCUUCGGAGCAGCUUGCCAAAUGGAUUGCGGACCGCACAGAUGUCCAGAUUCGUGUCUUUCGUCCGCCGAAUUAUUCUGGCACUAUUGCCUUGGCUCUGUUAGUGUCUCUGGUGGGAGGCUUACUGUACCUGAGGAGAAACAACUUGGAAUUUAUCUACAACAAGACUGGAUGGGCCAUGGCUGCACUGUGUGUGGUUUUUGCAAUGACGUCCGGUCAGAUGUGGAAUCACAUUCGAGGCCCUCCAUAUGCCCACAAAAACCCCCAGAAUGGACAAGUGAGUUACAUCCACGGCAGCAGUCAAGCUCAGUUUGUGGCCGAGUCGCACAUCAUCCUUCUCCUGAAUGCUGCCAUCACCAUGGGGAUGGUGCUGCUCAAUGAGGCUGCCACCUCUAAGGGAGAUGUGGGCAAAAGGAGAAUCAUCUGCCUGGUCGGCCUCGGCUUGGUGGUUUUCUUCUUCAGCUUCCUGCUCUCCAUUUUCAGGUCCAAGUAUCACGGAUACCCCUACAGCUUCCUUAUUAAAUGAGCGGCGGAACAAGAGGUCGGAGGAUGAUGCGGCGCUUUCAGGGCAUGAAAUGGAUUCAAAGGUGUGAAGUGACUGAGCCACUACUGAGUCCACCACCAUAAUUGUGUCGUUUGUUUUAUUUAUUUCUCCUUUUUAACAACCACUGUCAUCUUCUCUGUAAACCGAUGAGGAAAUAUUCCUACUGAUGUUGGAAAAUAAAAAUACUUGUUCUCUGGAUUUUCUUUUGUCUGAA